CGCCGUCCCUGCCAAACUGCCGCCAUGACCUCGGCGGAACUGAAGCCGCCAUCUUCGUCGGAAUCAAGUCGUCGCCGGACGCUGUCAUCGCCGGAAUUGUCAUCGCCGACCUAGGGUCGGAACCCUAGGCCGGCACUUCUCUAUUCACGAUCUCCCUCUGUUCUCUGUUUCUCUCCGAUCUGGGCAGCACGAUGGUUGAAUACGUUCCCGAAAGGACAUUUCACCACAUGGGAGGCGCUUCAUCAAGCCUUCAUGCACGAAUACUUCCCACCAUCUGCCAUUGCAAAAAUUAAAAGAUCUAUUCAGAGUUUUUCUCAAAAUUCGACUGAAUCUUUAAGUGAAGCAUGGGAAAGAUUCAAGGAUCUGAAGAUCAAAUGUCCACCUGCUCUAAUUGAUCCUGACAGCCUAAUGUUCCAUUUCUACCAAGGACUUCUGGUUUCAUCGAAGAAAGAACUAGACCACUCUUCAAAGGUCGGUUCUUUCCUAGAUAUGACGUCGGAGGAAAAUGAGGAAUUGGUGGAAAAACUCACAUCAAAUGCAAAAUACUGGUACGAAGACCGAGUUCCACAACAAAAAGCUGGAAUGUAUGAGGUGGACACUUUCACAGCACUCAAGGCAAGUAUGGAAAGUCUCAUCAAGCGAACCAUCCAAGAUCAGUUCAGUGCAAGUUCGCAUCCAAACAAACAACAUGAAUCAAUUGCUCAGGCCGAUGCUUACUAUCAAGGAGGAUCUAGUUCACACCAAAAUGAACUGGUCGCGUCUUGUGAAUCUUGUAUAGGUGCACAUCUGACAUCUCAGUGCCCGUACAAUGAAAGCACAACAAAGGAACGACAGCGUGAAGUACACUUGGCACAAUAUGCCAACAAAGGGGAAGGACCAUGGGCCCCUAAUCAGUACCAGCCAGCUUAUCAGCGCGAUGAUCCUUCGAGGGAGCGCAACAAUAACAAUUUCCAGCGAAAUAAUUGUUCAAGGGACGAUUACAAACAAGGCGGCUGGAACAACAACACCAAUUGGAAUAGUCAAAGAGGGAUGAUGGAGGAGCAAAAUAAGAAGACUGAAGAACGAAUACAAAGGUUAGAGGAAUCUAUGAGACAACUAAUGGAUAAGAUGACAAUCAGACCUCCUAGAACUCUCCCGGCCAAAACUGAAACCAAUCCACGCGAACAUCUUAACGCUGUUACUCUACGCAGUGGAAAGGAAGUUCAAGGCGUUGGUCAAAGUACUGAACCAACAUUGGAGGAGGAGUCUGAGGUUGAACUAAUUAGUCAACCAACUGAAGAAAAGAAGAAGGAACCAGAAAAGAAAGAAGAAAGGAAGGAUAAGGAACCUUCCCAGUCCCAGCAUCCAAACAGCAAUCUCCUACCAAAGAAGGUGACAGUACCCUUUCCAUCAAGGGUAAAGAAGAAGAAUGAUGAUCAAGCUUUCAAGAAGUUUUUAGACAUCAUGGGCCAAGUGGAAGUUAAGUUGCCCUUGAUUGAUGUCUUAACUGAGAUGCCGAAGUAUGCCAAGUUCAUCAAAGACUUGGUUAUGCAUAAAAAGGACUGGGAAGGGGUUUCAAUGAUCAAUCUGAAUGCGAGCUGCUCCGCGUUGCUACUCCAACAAUUACCUGAGAAGUGCAAGGAUCCAGACCCUACCGAAUUUUGUCAUUCUGUCAAAAUAUUGAAGGACAAAGGGUCUGUCGAGACGCUUCUUGGUCUAGAGGCAGUAUUGAAGGAGGAAGAGAAUGAAGGGAUUAAGUGUGAGGAUGUUCAGGAAGUGGAAACAAAGGGAUCUGAUACCCUAGAACUGAAGCCACUUCCCAAACAUUUAGAAUAUGCAUUUCUGGAUGACGAGGGCAAAUGCCCGGUUGUCAUUGCAUCUGAAUUGACUGUGGAUCAAAAGGCCGAACUAUUGACCAUGGUAGGAGCACCGAUUGAUCCAUUCAGGAGAGCACAUGAUCUUCAAAUACCACUUCUUACUCCGGAGGCUCGGGAGCGAUUCACUACGUGGGCCCAGAACCGAUCUUUACAGGCCCCAGUGAUUCUUGAUCAAAGACCACUCGUUGCAGCCGGGGUGUGGGCAGAUGUUGAAGCCUCGAUUAGGCCAUCUGGUUGGGAGCGUUUACUUUCCUUACGAGCUGAGGCUAGCUUGCCUCUCACUAUUGAGUUUCUGUGCUCAUUGCGGCCUUUACUGGGGUUUGAGCGGCGAGAUGAUGUGGGGAUAGCUAUGAGGCAUGACAGCCGCCUCAUUUUCACUCUUCUAGGUCAUCGGCAUACUCUUACUAUCGCUGAGCUUGGGUGGAGACUGGGCCUAUAUACUCAGGAGGAGAUCUCACAUUCAUCUUUUGCUGACCUUCCCAUUGCUGUUCCUGAGGACUUUGACGUCCAGGCUUUUUGGACUGCACAUGCACGUACCGAUGCUCCUUUCGAGCAUCAGCUUAGUCGAGCUUCUGACUGGGCCGAGCCUUCUUGGAGGCUUCUCACAUUCCUGAUGUCCAUGAGCUACUUUGGGAGACCCAGUAACAGCAAUCGGGUCUAUUCUUCUGAUAUGCUCUUCUUCUGGAGCAUAGCACAUCAGCGACAGGUUAAUUUAGCUGUUUUCAUCGCCCGAUUCUUGUGGUCUCAGACAUAUGGUACACGUAUCACGGUGGUUUGCGGCCCGUUGAUCACACUUCUUCACAGGUCCUUACAGGAGCACAUGCCUAUACCUGACCUCUUACCUCUUGAGCAUAGUGUUCGACUUUUGGACAGCACCAUGAUACAGCACAUUCGACUUCAGAGAGGUCAGAUACGGAGGAUUAGACUGAGAGAGGGGCCAUCACCUCGACCUCGUCCUGCACCACAGCCACAGAGUACAUUUCAGCAGGGACAGAGCUCUACUGGGGUGGAGAACCUUCAGAUACCCCUAUGGGCACAGACAUUGAGUACUCAGAUGCAGAGUCUUCAGUACCAGCUGAGUGGGUUUCAUGGUAGAUUGGAGGAGUUACACACAAGCUUCACCGAAUUUGAGCAGUGUUACGAGGCAGACAUGACCAGGCUUAUCGACCAGUAGGAGGCUUAGUGGACUAACUUCUUCAAUAUCGGUACUCCUAUUCAGACGCCAGUUCAGCAUCCUUCGACUGGUCAUACUUUGACCCCUG